UGAGCAGGAGAGUAAAAGGAGGACUCCUAGGCACUCAUCACCAAAGUGAGCUCCUUCCUCCCUAAGACCAGACAACCAGAGCUGCCUUCAGCCAUGAAGUUGCUGAGAGUCUUUCUGCUGAUUGCCCUCCCCCUUUCCUGCUUUGCAGGUUCUGGAUGCUCAUCUCUAGAUGAGGUGAUUAACAAAGCAAUUGAUCUUCAAGUGAGCAUAGGCGAAUACCAAAACAUCCUUAAACCUUUCUCAAAUGGUCCUGGAACUGAUGAGGCAUUAGGACAACUGAAGUGGUGUUUUCUCAUCCAGCCAGAAAAAACUCUGAGCAGUGUUGCAGAGAUGAUGGACAUAAUAUAUCAAAGUAAGUGGUGUGAUAACUCUUAACCUGUGUCUGACUUGGGACACUGAGGACUACAGAGAGUACAAUGAACCACAACUUUCUUCUCCUUUUUGUUUUUUGAUCUAUUAACUUCAAGACAAUUGUUGAAACCUUGCGUACAUUUUCAUUUCAAUAAAGUGUCUACAAAUGGAAA